UCCUGUGGGGCAGCUCUACUUUGUCCUAUAGUGUCGCUAUGAGUCAGAACUGACUCGAUGGCAAUGUUUUUUUUUUGUUUUUUAGUGCAGGGUGUGUCUUGGAAAAGCAGAGCUGGGGGAAGCUAGGGUUCCUGAGAAGGUGUUCCUGAGAAGGCUUCCCGAGGGAGGUCUGCAGGCAGGCAGGCGCCCAGGUUUGGGCGUGGUGGAAAAGACUGAGACUCAAAGCACCCCAGUUGAGGACCUUCGCAAGAGCCGGAAAACCCUGUUCACGGUCCACGGCGCACCACUCAAAUGACCACCCUGCCAGCCCGGGGCUGGCAAGGUAACACCGAGCCGCGGCAAUGAAUCCUCAAGGAAGGCCUGCGUAGAGGCUGACGCAGUCAGUAAACCAGACCCUAACGGGAGACCAAUUGUCACCGUAAUACCCCGACAGAGGGGUGGGGCCGAAUUGCCUCUCACAGCGCUUGCGCAGAGAGCUAGUUUCCAGGCGCCAAGCUGGGAGGAAGCUUAAGCAAGCAUCAAGAGCUGGGGAGACCUACUGCGUGCGCAGGCGCACUCAGCGUUCUUCCUAGUAGAGCGCCCAUUCCCCUCAGGCCUCGGGGUGGGGCCUUGAAGGAGGCGGUGUUAGGGGAGAGGCUAAAUGCAGGGAGAAGGCCCGCCCCUCGCUAACCCCGCACGGCCGCCGCCGUGGUCACUGACACUGCUUCUGACCUGAGACAGUCAUGCUACCCAAUACCGGGAAGCUAGCAGGAUGUACCCUUUUCAUCACAGGUGCCAGCCGUGGCAUUGGUAAAGCUAUUGCAUUAAAAGCAGCAAAGGAUGGAGCGAAUAUUGUCAUUGCCGCGAAGACUGCCCAAGCGCACCCCAAGCUUCCAGGCACAAUCUAUACUGCUGCUGAAGAAAGUGAUUGAAGCAGCUGGAGGAAAGGCCUUGCCAUGUGUUGUUGAUGUGAGAGAUGAACAGCAAAUCAAGGACGCAGUGGAGAAAGCAGUGGAGAAAUUUGGAGGAAUUGAUAUUUUGGUGAAUAAUGCCAGUGCUAUUACCUUGAGCAACACACUGGAUACCCCUACAAAGAAAGUGGAUUUGAUGAUGAGCGUCAACACCAGAGGCACCUACCUUACAUCUAAAGCAUGUAUUCCUUAUUUGAAAAAGAGUAAAAUUGCUCAUAUCCUCAACCUCAGCCCUCCGCUGAACCUAAAUCCAUUGUGGUUCAAACAGCACUGUGCUUAUACCAUUGCUAAGUAUGGUAUGUCUAUGUGUGUACUUGGAAUGGCAGAAGAAUUUAAAGGUGAAAUUGCAGUCAAUGCCUUAUGGCCUAAAACAGCCAUACACACUGCUGCUGUGGAUAUGCUGGGAGGAUCUGGUAUUGAAAGCCAGUGUAGAAAAGUUGAUAUCAUUGCAGACGCUGCAUAUUCCAUUUUCAAAAAGCCAAAAAAUUUUACUGGCAACUUCAUUAUUGAUGAAAAUAUCUUAAGAGAAGAAGGAAUAAAAAAUUUUGAUGUCUAUGCAGUUAAACCAGGUCAUCCUUUGAUACCAGAUCUCUUCAUAGAUGAACUCCCAGAUGCAGUUAACAAGAAAAUGGGAACACCUGAUGCUGCUCCAGCAUUCAAAGAAGGGAAGCAGGCACCACAACCAAAAGCAGCUUCUGGAUCUGUGGCAGAAACCUUUAGAAUUGUCAAGGAGACUGUCAGUGAUGACGUUGUUAAAGCUACUCAAGCGGUCUAUCAGUUUGAUCUCUCAGGUGAAGAUGGUGGAACAUGGUUUCUUGACCUUAAAAGCAAGGGUGGGAAUGUUGGACAUGGAGAACCUCCUGACCGGGCAGAUGUGGUGAUGACUAUGUCUGCUGAAGAUUUUGUAAAAAUGUUUUCUGGGAAACUAAAACCAACAAUGGCAUUCAUGUCAGGAAAAUUGAAGAUUAAAGGUAACAUGGCCCUAGCAAUCAAAUUGGAGAAAGUAAUGACUCAGAUGAAUGCGAAACUGUGAAGGAAAGGGAAAAAAAGUGUCGACCGCUAAGCUCAACAAGUAAAAAGCUCAGCUGCUUAAAAUCUAAUCGCUUGUUUUCUUCCCGAUUGUAUAAUGAGAUGUGCGUGUUUGUCUUGGAAAAAAAAUGGAAUUUCUAUAUUUGUAAGACUUGAAAUUGUAAUUAAAACAGCUAGCUAAUGAUAUGUUUAGGCAAAUAUUAAUAUAAUUCAAAUAACUGCAGUAUGCAUUCUAUUUAAAAGUAUAAAAAAAUGACCUAAAAUAAUUUUUCUCUUCAGAAGCAUGCACUUGAUCAAUGUUUUGAAAUGAGAACAUUAGAAUAGAUGGUUAAAAAAAAAAAAAAGCUAAACUUAAACAACUUCACCUUUCAUUUUAAUCAGUUAAAAAUAUUUACCCAGUGUAAUUCUUGUACUUCUCAUCUUUCACUCUCCAAGAUUAGUAUGCUAUUAAGCGAUUUAGCUAAUUUUGACAUUUCUGAGAAUUAUGAUGUUAGGAGCAUUUAAUCUGUAUUUUACAGAUAAGGAAACUGAGGGUCAGAAAUGGGAAGGGACAAGGCCAAGACCAAAAUUAACAAGCCCUUAGCCAACAAAAGGAGCCCUAGUGAUGCAACGGUUAAGCACUCAGCUGCUAACCAAAACGGUGGUGGUUCGAACUGACCCAGCAGCUAUGUGGGAGAAAGACCUAGCAAUCUGUUUCCAUAAAGAUUAUAUCCUACUCUGUGUGGCUAUGAGUCAAAAUCGGCUCAAUGGCACCUAACAAGAACAACAGCCAACAAAAGUCCCUGGGUGGCACAAAUGGUUAAGUGCUCAACUACUAGCUGAAAGAUUGGCAGUUCAAACCCACCCAGGGAAGCUUCAGAAGACAGGCCUGGCUAUCUGCCCUAGGUAGCAGGGGUUCAAUCCAGUUCAUUCCAGUUUGAACUCCUGCUGAGAGUUUGCUUUUCCACCCCAAAUAUACUGAAUCAGAAUCUACAUUUUAACAAGAUCCCCAGGUGAUUCCUAUGUCUAAUAAAUUUUGAGAGCCACUGCUCUAAUUGGUCCCUAACCAGCAGCAUUAGCAUUGCCUGGAAACUUGAUAGAAAUGCAAAUUCUCCACAGAGGUUACAACCAGAAGGAAGUCCUGCUGUGGGGCUGUUCUGUUCUACACAUAGGGGGUCGCCAUGAAUUGGAAUUGACUCAAUGGCAACUAACAACAGCCAACAAAAAUCUCCCAAUACAUUGACCUUGGUUGGAAUUUGAAGCUCUCAUACCUCACCCCAGUUUCCAUAAAGCCCAGCUGGGUUGACUUUGGAGGUGGCAGCCUGUAAACUCCCUUGGCAGCUCAAGCUCAUUUCUAGCCACGUGAGGGUCUGGAUCAGAUAUUGCCAGGAGACUUUUUCUCCCGAAGUUUUCGGAAAAUUUCUUUCUUUUCUCUGCAUUCUCCAAAUGGUCUCAAAACUUGAGGAAAAAUUUUUUUUUAAUGUGAGGCAGGAAUUCCGGGUUCUGUUCACUAAAAUGUGAAGUUGCUACCUAAAAAGCUUUCAGAUAUUGGAAAAAAUUAUUUCCAUAGGAUCGUAGUUUUCACAUCAGUAACUGAAGGAGUUGGAUGAGGUCAUCUGCGGCACCUUCAUGCUCAUCAUCACUAAGAAAUACUGAGCUGUCUGUCAGAAAUGAAGCAUGUGUUUGAUGGAGCAGUGAAGUUAAUGUGGCCAUAGCCUACAUUCCUGAACCUACAAGCCUGAAGCCUUCUCUCUUGCUACACCCCCCAGUUAACUUGAUGAAUCCACCUGUGUUUCCUUCCUUUUUUUGGACCUUGUCUAUUAAUUCCAUUGAAGUUGUAGAUCCUCCCAGCAGUUUUUGAAUGACCAUUUUAUGUGUUACCCAGUAGCUGAUUGAGUCUUGUUCUGAAAUGGAGUGGUAUGGAAGGAAAUCAAGCCAUUGGGCUUUUUAAUUACUGGGUAAAAUUAAUGAAACAUACUUUUUAACAUGGUUCAUUGCUAGUAAUCUAUAUAUCAGCAAAUCCCUUUAAAUAGUGCUUUGAUUUGUUUGUGGCCACCCUCUUUUUUUUUUUGGUGGUAAUAUAUAAGGAACCUAAAAUUUGCCAUUUUAACCAUUUUUAAGCAUACAGUUCAGUGGCAUUAAUUACAUUCACAAUGAUUUCUGUGGCCACCCUCUUCACUGCUUCAACAAAUACCUGCUUUGUCAUAGUUAUCUAGUGGUGCUAUAACAGAAAUACCACAAGUGGAUUACUUUAACAAACAGAAAUUUAUUCUUGCAAAGUAGGUGGCUAGAAAUUCAGACGCCAGCUCCAGGGGAAGGCUUUCCUUCUAUGUCGGUUCUGGGAAAAGGUCCUUGUCAUCAGUCUUCCCCUGGUCUAGGAGCUUCUCAGAGCAGGAGCACUAGGUCCAAAGGACACGCUCCACUCCCAACAAGUCUUUCUUUGUGGCAUGAGGUCCUUCUUCUCUCUGCUCAAUUCUCUCUUGUAUCUCAAAAGGAAUUGACCUAACAUACAACCUAAUCCUGUAAUUAAGUCCUGCCUCAUUAACUGCUUCUAACCCUGCCUCAUUGACAUCAUAGAGGUAGGAUUUACAAAACAUAGGAAAAUCACAUCAGAUCACAAAAUGGUGAACAACCACACAAUACUGAGAAUCAUGGCCUAGCCAAUGACAUAUAUUUUGGGAGGACACAAUUCAAACCAUAACAUUCUACUCUUUGGCCCCCAAAAUUCAUGUCUAGUGGUUAAAGUUGUGUGUCAACUUGGCUGGGCCAUGAUUUUCAGUGGUUUGAUGGUUGAAUGAUGUUGUGAUCACUUCCAUGAUGGGAUUUGAUAUUAUGUAAUCACCUCCAUGAUGGAAUCUGCUUUGAGUAGUCAGUCAGUUGAAAGAAAGUUUCCUUGGGCAUGUGGCCUACAUUGACUAUAAAUGGAUAUUCUGGGAAGACUUGUGGGCUUUUGCUCGCUUUGGAUCCUGCAGCUGGCUCCUGUUCAUCUGAUCUCUGGUUCUUGGAACUUGAGCUAGCAGCUUACCUGCCGAUCUUGGGAUUCGUUGGUCUUCACAGCCUGUGAGCAAAAGCCCUGCUCUCCAACCUACUGAUCUUGAGUUCGCCAGCCCCUGUGGCUACGUUAAUCAAGAGAAGCCUCUAUCCUGACCCAUGGACUUGGGACAUUCCAGCCUCUACAACUGCGUGAGCCAUUUCCUUGAUAUAAAUCUCUAUAUAUAUAUUUAUGGAAACCCUGGUGGCGUAGUGGUUAAGUGCUAUGGCUGCUAACCAAAGGGUCAGCAGUUCAAAUCUGCCAGGUGCUCCUUGGACAUUCUGUGGGGCAGUUCUACUCUGUCCUAUAGGGUUACUAUGAGUUGGAAUCAACUUGAUGGCACUGGGUUUGGUUUGGUUUGGAUAUAUAUUUAUAUACUUUACUGGUUUUGCUUCUCUAGGGAACCCAGCAUAAGACAAUGUCCUUGCCACAUGUAAAAUACAUUCACCCCAUUGUAUCAUCCCAAAAGUCUUAAUUCCAAGCCCAAAACCUCAUCUUCUGCAAAAUUCCUCUUCAUCUGUGAAAUCUAGAAUACAGGUUAUCUGCUUUGAAAGUACAAUGGUGGAACAGGCACAAGGCAGACAUUUUCACUACAAAUGGGAGAAAUUGGAGGGAUAAAAGGGAUGACAGGUACCAAGCUAGUGAGCAGAACAUAUUGCAUUAGCUCUCAAGGCUUGAAAACAAUCCUCUGUUCUCUGAGACCAUUUAGGCAAUGGCUGUGCCCACCAGGCUGUGUGUUGGCCACACUCUCCAGAUUCUGCAUGGAGGCUGCUCGAUCCUGGGCUUCAGCUCCACCUUCCAGGCCCACUGGAAUGGCAACUCUGCUCCCUUGCAUUUGGGUGGCACCAUUCUUAUAGUUAAUCUGAGUGGCGACACUAUUCCCUCAGCCCUGGCAGGCACUGUUCUUCUGCCCCUUGGGCAUGGCAGCUGUGCCCCCUCAACUUUGGGCAGUGGAUCUGGCCCCAUUCUGAUGGCACUCAUGAAAGGCAGCCCUCUACACUGGAACUGAGUUGGUGAAGAUCUGACUCUUUGAAACCUAGAAGGCUGUGGCCCCACCAUUUGAAACCCCAGAGGUUGUAUCCCUACCCUUUGAGACUGAGGCACUCUAUUUUCUGUGUUCCUUGUCCCUUAAGCUUCUGCUUCCUCUCUUGGCCCCUCAGGCCCUUGGGCCAGCCAGCAUCUGCCCUGCUCAGGCAAAUGUUCAAAGCUCUUUAGCUCUACUAGUAAUUACCUGGAGGCAACCCACUCUGCCAGUAAACCUUGGCCAGAAGGCUCUCAGCUGUCUUGCUCCAUGGGUUGGCAAGCCUAGCUCCACCAGUAAGUGCCCGAAGGCACCCCACUCUGCCAGGAAACCUGCACAAAGGCACUCAGCUACCCAAUGCUGUCUCAUGCCAGUCUCCUGGUUCUGCUGCUGUUUCUCUGCUGCUGCUUCAUUUGCAAAAUCUCCAGUGUUACAGCUUUUCUCACUUUCUUCUAAGUGCUCACCAGAAUUGUCUUUGAUGUCCAUAAUUCCACCAACAGUCUCUUCAAAGCAAUCUAGGCUUUUACUAUUAGGCACUUUAAAACUCUUCCAGUCUCUACCAACUCACAGUUUCAAAAUCACUUUCAUAUUUAAGGUAUUUUAACCUGACCCUACGAAUGCCAGUAAAUUUCCGUUAGUCCUUAAACUAGCCCAAGCCAGAUUUGGCCUGCCACACAUGUGCAGAAAGGCCAGCUGUGACCACUAAUUGACUGCAACAGAGGACACAGUAACCGAAGGAGUGAAUCAGAAGGAAAAUUACCACCCGGACACUGUUCUGAAGCGAGAGUCCAACAAUAACCAUGUCGCCCCGUUUCCUGGCUGCUUUCUAGAAUUUUCCCUCCCCAGUACACCUGCACAGCCGCCAUCUUGCUGCCCAAAUCACAUAUAAACUCUGUUUCCCCAUAGCUUGGGGAGCCGGAUCUAAGGAACUUCCUCCCAGUUUCUUGCUCUGCGCAUUGCAAUAAAGUUACUUUUUUUCUCAAAAACCAGUGUCCAGAUAAUUGGCAAGUCUGAGCACACCAGACAAAGACCCACCUUCCGGGGUUCAGUAAUAGUAUCUGUUAGAGCAGCACCCCAGCUUCCUGGUACCAAAUUCUCAGUUUUCUAGUGCUGCUCUAACAGAAAUACCACAAGUGGAUGCCUUUAAUAAACAGAAAUGUAUUCUAGGAGGUAGAAGUCCGAAUUCAGGGUACCAGCUCCAGGGGAAGCCUUUCUCUCUCUGCCGUUUCUGGGAGAAGGUCCUUGUCAUCAAUCUUCCCCUGGUCUAGAAGCUUCUCAGAUUACAUUAUGUUAAAGAGGAUUAGGGUGGGAUAUAAUCCCUUACCCAGCUCACAGACCUGGGGUUAGGCCUGCAUCAUGUUUUAUCUUACAAGAAAUAAAAGGAGAGAGAAGCAAGCAGAGAGAUGAGGGACCUCAUACCACCAAGAAAGAAGUGCCGGGAGCAGAGUAUAUCCUUUGGACCUGCGGCCCUUGUGCUGAGAAGCUUCUAGACCAGGGAUGGUUGACAAAGAGCUUCCUACAGAAUUGACAGAGAGACAAAGGCUUUCCCUGGAGCUGGUGCCCUGAAUUCGGACUUCUAGCCUCCUAGACUGUGAGAGAAUAAAUUUCUGUUUGUUAAAGCCACCCACUUACACCAGAUAACUAAGACACCCCUAUACCUGUGCAUGUAAUCACAUGUGGGAAUAGGGUUUUCUUUGCUAUGUCCAUAAUGGUGUGGGAUGUGUCUUAAACCUAAUGAUUUUUGAAAUAUAAAAAGAGCAGAUUAGACACAGAGAAAAGCAAGCACAAAUGGGGGACAGAUAGACAUAACAUGGAGAUGUCAAAGUUACUCAAGAAAACCAGGGCUACAGACAGGAACCAUUCCCGAAUCCAACUCUUCAGACAUGGAUUGGACUGGACCAUGGGUUGGAGAGGGAUGCUGGUAAGGAGUGAGCUUCUUGGAUCAGGUGGACACUUGAGACUAUGUUGGCAUCUCCUGCCUGGAGGGUAGAUGAGAAGGUAGAGGGGGUUAGGACCUGGUGAAAUGGACACGAAAAGAGAGAGUGGAGGGAGAGAGCGGGCUGUCUCAUUAGGGGGAGAGUAAUUGGGAGUAUGUAGCAAGGUAUAUAUAAGUUUUUUUUGUGAGAGACUGACUUGAUUUGUAAACUUUCACUUAAAGCACAAUAAAAAUUAUUAAAAAAAAAAAAUCACCAAGCACCCACAAAAAAAAAAAAUACCAGGGCUUAGAGAAGCUUAGACAAGGAUUUUUUUCCCAGAUGGACAGAGAUAGCCUUCUUAUAAUUAUGCUUAUACUACUACUUGAAUGGUCAGUAUUAGAUAUUAUCAAUUAACUUCCUGUGUAGAAGCUAUGCGUUAUGGGUAUAUUUCUCAUAGUUAAUUCCUUUCCUGUUUUUUAAAGCAACUUUUUUUUAUUCCUGGAGUAAAUUGCUUUUUUUCAUUCCCUGGUCUUCUGCUAAGUUUUCCCACACGCUUAAACACUUCUCAGUAGUGUCUCUCAAUCCAAUUUUCUAAAUAGUCUUUUAGCAGAUAUUCUCUCUGUUCCAUCACCGUCCCAACCUUCUUUAUUUAGGGAAUUUCCUUUGUUGUUCUCUUGUAUCUCAUGUGUCAUAGCAGAAUUUCUAGGAAUGGCCCUUAAGAUUCCACAUUUUCUAAUCCCCAGAACCUAUAAAUGUGAUGAGCUAUCACUCUCCUGAGUGUGUUAGAUUAUAUAACACAUAUUAAAUUGACCAUAAAAGGCAAAAUUAUCCAGGUGGGCCUAAUCUAAUCACAUGAGGUCUUAAAGCAGAGAACUUUCUCCAGGAAGCAGAAAAGAAAGGCAGAAGGAGAAAAAUCAAAGCACAGGAAGGAAGCGCUAUUGCUGGUUUGAAUAUGGAGAGGGUCAUGUGACAAGGAAUGCAAGUGGCCUGUAGGAGCAGAGAGCAACCCAUGGCAGACAUUCAAGAAGGAAAUGAGUACCUCAGUGCUAAUUGCACAGAGCUGACUUCUGCCAAAAACCUGAAUGGACUUUACCCCUGGAGCUUCCAGAUAAGAACCCAGUUUCACUGAUGCCUUGAUUCUGAACUUGUGAGAUCCUGUGAUGGUUAAGAUUUUGUGUCAACUUGGCUGGGCCGUGAUUCUCAGUGUUUUGGCAGUCAUAUAAUGUUGUGAUCACUUCCCUGUUGAGAUUUGAUACGCGAUCACCCCCAUGAUGGAAUCUGCUGUGAGUAGCCAAUCAAUUGAAAGGGAGUUUCCUUGGGCAUGUGACUUGCAUCUGAAUAUAAGUGGAUGUUCUGGCUUUUGCCUGCUCUAGAUCCUGCAGCUGGCUUCCGUUUGUCUGACAUCCAGUGCUUGAGACUUGAGCUAGCAGCUUACCUGUGGUCUUGCCUGCCAUUCUUAGAAUUCGUUGAUCUUCAUAGCCUGUGAACAAGAGCCCUGCUCUCCAACCUGCCGAUCUUGGGUUCUCCAGCUCCUGCAGCUAUAUCAAUCAGGAGAAGCCUUGCAGUCUUGCCUGCCAAUCUUGGGAUUCUUCGAUCUUCACAGCCUGUGAAUAACAGCCCUGCUCUCCAACCUGCCGAUCUAGGGUUCACCAGCCCCUGUGGCUAUGUGAAUCAGGAGAAGCCUCUAUCCUGAUCCACGAACUUGAGACAUUCCAACCUCUACAACUGUGUGAGCCAUUUGCUUGCUAUAAAUCUCUCUCUACAUACAUUUAUAUGUUUUAUUCGUUUUGCUUCUCUAGAGAACCCAGCAUAAGACAGACCCUGAGGUGAGAAUCCAGCAAGUCACCUGAACUUCUGACCUAUAUAACUGUGAGAUAAUAGAUGAAUGUUUUUAAAAUGCCAUUUGUGGUAAUUAAUUAUGCAGCACUAGAAAACUAAUAUAUCAUGUCUUCUUCUUCCUAGGCUUACUCCCUCGUUAGAGUACAUUUUCCAGUAAUUUCCUAAGAAAAAAUCUGUGGGAGCUGUUUUGAGACACUGAAUGCUUGAAAAUGUCUUUAAUUCUAAUAUCUAACUUGAUUAAUAGUUUGGAUGUAGAAUUUCCAAAUUAGAAAUAAUUGUCUCAGAUUUUUGAAAGCAUGGCUAUGUAUCAUUUAACUUUCACUAUUGGUGUUAGGUUAUUCGAUGCCAUUCUGACUCCUGGUCCUUUUGUAUGUGGCUUGCUUUCUCUCUCCAGAAACUUUUAAAAUCCUGUAUCUGUAGUUUUUAGAAACGUUAUGAUGUGAUUUAAUACAGUUUGUUUCUUAAAUCAUUGUCCUAGAUACUCAAUGGGCCCCUUCAGUCAGGAAAUGUCCUUCAGUAUUUUAUAGUAUUUCUUUGACAAAAUUUCCACUCCAUUUUGAUGGUUCUCUCUUUUUGGAACUAUUAUAAGUCAGAUGCUACAUUUCUUAGAUUCUUUAAUUUUCUUUACAAGAUUUUUCACUUUAUUUUCAGGCACUUCCAUUAAAUUUUCCAUCGGUUUCGUAUUUUAAUUUCUUGUUUCUCUGGAUCUUUAAGAACUUCAUCCUGUUUAUAUUUCAAGGAUGUAAUAUAUUUUCUUAUUUCACUGAGAAUAGUUUUGAAGUUUUCUUUUGUUUCUGCAUUUUCUUUGUUAUGGUCUCUUUCUUCCAUAUUACAGGUUUUCUCUAAAUAUCUGGUGAUCCCUGGCUGUCCAUUUAUAUUUAAUAUUGAGGUAUUAAAAAUCAAAUUGAAUGUGUAAGUGCAAGGUUAGGCUGGUCUGGUGAGGCCAUGUAAGAUGGGUUCAGUGAAGAUGAAGAACUAAGGGAGAUUCCACUAUAAUGUGCAUAAGAGUAAUAAUGGUGAUUAAAAACUGACCUUUUUAGUAUUUACGUGUGCCAAGCACUGAUCUAAGCCCUUUACAUUAAUUAACUCAUUUAAUUCUCACGACAUUCUUAUGAAGUAGGCAUUAUUAUUAUUCCCAUCUUACAUAUGAGGUAACUAAGGCAAAGAGGUUAUGUUACUUGCCCUGAAAACACACAUUUAGUCAGUAUAGGAGCCAGGUUUGGCUGCAGAGCCCAGGCUUACAACCAUUCUGUGUUUUGUAAUUAUUUUCUCUUGAGCCUGUCAGUUUUCUAGUGUCUUCUGAUAUCCUGUCUGGGGAGGAUGCUGAACAGGGAAAAGAAGGAAAUAUCUCACUGUUUAAGAUCUAGACUUUCACUUAAUUUCCAUCUUCAGAAUGUGCUUCAUGUUCCUGAGACCCGAUUCUCUAUGGUUCAAAUUCUCCAGAAAUAAAACCUCCAAUCUUCUGCUAGAAUAGAUGGGGGAUAGUCACCUUUCUGUGCCUGAUGGGGUAGGGGAUCUGGGCAGUGCUGCUUUGAAUGAACUUCAGUCAGUCCUUCUGUUUCAGCUCUGUCCCAUAACCCCUGGUUCAGAAAUAUCUGUUGCCUCCAGUUCAUAAACCUUUUUAGAGUUCUGCAGCAUUAAUCAGCAUACUUCUUGUUGGCUUUAUCCUGUUGCAGGCAUAGCUUUCACCUUUUUCUUGACUGUAUAGAACAAAAUUUCCCAAACUUUCUCAUUUCUUGAACCCUUAAGAGCCUCAGUGAUUUUUUUCACAGUGACCUUAGGCAAAAAGAGUUCAACCACUUCCAUUUAUUAAGUAGUUAGGCCAAACAACUUAGUAUUUAUGACCUAAAAACUUAGUAGCCAUUCAAAAUUUCUUUGAUGAAUUUUCAUACCAUGCCAUCUUAUAGGCUGCUGGCCAGCCAAUAAAUUGGCUUCCCAUGAGUUAGCUGUUUAUCUCUAGCCCAAUCAGCUGAAGUCCCAAAGGAAUAGGGCCACUGACACAUAGGGACUGCUUUAGGCUAUAUUAAUGGCAUAGGUUGUAGGCACGUCAAACAUUCUGAAGCUUAGAUCAUUGAAUAUAAUUGACAGUGGGAGAAGUUCCUUUAAAGUGAUUGGAAUGCUUCAUUCUGUAUUCAAGGUAUUGCCUUUUAUAUUCAGGGUAUUUCCUUUCUUGAUACAAAAGUACCUCUAGAAUCUAUAGAAUCAGAUGUUUCACCGGAAGUUUGUUUAGGGAAUGUGGAAUCAGAGCAAAGGGAUGUGGAUAGCUAUGAUGGCACAUGCUUCCAGAAUAUGGUCAGGCUUUUGAAAUCAACUUUGUCCUACAAUAAAGAUAAUUUCUCUAAUGGUUAGAUUGGUAAGGUCUUCCAGAUACAUUCAUUGGUUCUAACAUAGCUGUGGAUUUAUUUUACACACUUGAUAAAAGACUGCUCUUAAAUGAUACUGUACUUUGGCUACAAUAAAGACUAAUAGAUAACCUGGAGAAUAUUCUGGCUCAGAUUGCAGAACUAGCAGCUUGGGAGUUUCCACCAUCUUCUCAAGCACUUCUUCACUUAUACUAAUACAAUGAAUAUUGAAUAUUAACUGUAAGUGAUGCAGACUGCUAACUCUACCUAACACCUGGCCAAGUAUUUUGCUCUAGAAUCUCUGCCUUCAUACCAGGUAGUGAGUGCCGAGUGUCAUCAAUCUGAUUUCCAUGAUACACAUUCCUACUUAGUGGAUAUUUGCUCACAGAGUAGAAGCUCAAAUCUUUCCACCCACACCUCAAAGGGAAGUACAGUUACCUAUCAAGAAGAAAAGCAUGUAGCUCUCUCUCUCAGGAUUACUACAAACUCAAAUAUCUGCUCCUACUAACCUCUAACUCAUUAGACUAGUUUAGGAAGGUGAGGAUAUUCAUAAAGGUAGAUUUCCUGGUUUCAAACUUCACCUGAAUAUAGAGAUAUGAAGAGUAGAAGAUGUUGUUCCAGACAUGGAUUCAAUAACAUCUUUGGCUCAUCCAAUACCCUGUCUGUAUUCCAAGGACUCAGGGGUGUGAUCAUUAAGGUUUUGUGUCAACUUGGCUGCACUAUGAUUCUCAGUGGUUUGGCAGUUAUGAUGUAGUUUGGCAGUCAUAUGAUUGUGUGAUCACUGUCAUGAUGAGAUUUGAUAUAAUAUGAUCGCCUCCAUGAUGGGAUCUACUGUGAGUAGCCAAUCAGUUGAAAGGGAGUUUCCCUAGGGGUAUGGACUGCAUCGAGUAUAAGUGGACUUCCCGGCAAGGCUCGUGAACUUCUGCUGGCUCUGGAUCCUGCAGCUGGCUCCUGUUCAUCUGACUUCUGGUUCUUGGGACCUGAGGUGACAGCUUACCUGCCGUCUUGCUUGCCGAUGUUAUGAUUUGUUGGUCUUCACAGCCUGUGAGCCAGAGCCCUGCUGUAUGACUUGCUAAUCUUGGGUUUGCUAGCCCUUGUGGCUAUAUGAAUCAGGAGAAGUCUUCAGCCUGACCCAUGGACUUGGGAUGUUCCAGCCUCUACAACCAUGUGGGUCAUUCCCUUGUGGUGUAGUUGUAAGUGCUACAGCUGGUAACCAAAAAGUUACCAGUUCAAAUCUACCACUUCCUCCUUGGAAACUCUAUGGGGCAGCUCUACUCUGUCCUAUAGGGUCACUAUGAGUUGGAAUCCACUCAACA